UAGUGGGUUGGACCACUGCUUGAUGCUUUGAGAUCGAUUCUUUUUCCUAGACACCGGUCAUGGCCGUUCCUUGGGAGACAAACUCCAACAUGCAGAGUCAGCAGACAGUAGAUAUGACCGACUCCAGCAGAGUUUCUGCAGCUUUGCUGACUCUAGCUGAUCAAAUAGAGCGUGAUAAUCUGUCAGGAGAUGCUGUUUUGACUCGUUUAGAUGAUAUUUUCGAAAUACUCAGGAUGGUAAUUGCUGUACAGGAUGCUAACAUCGAUGACAAUAUUUUCGUCAGUUUGAGAGAAAUUGAGCACCGGGUGCAUAUAGAGGAACUGUCUUUAAGUGCUGGCAGUCAACGACUUGAAAUUCCGCGUGAGACUCUCAGGACUUUGGUGCUCUCUGGCAUAACCAUCGGGAGCAUUGCUGACAUGUUUGCUGUAUCGCCCAGCACUGUUCGGAGGAGAAUGGUGGAAGAAGGUUUACGAAUUGGAUGCCAUAGUGCUGGAUAUUCAGCAUUGUCACCCAAAUGCUGGCUGGAGAAUGAUGUUGGGACAUCUACGAUCCAGAAGAAUACACAUUCAAAAAUUGAACGCCUGUGGAGGGAUGUGUAUGAAAACAUCCUUGACCUUUUCUACACAAUGUUCACUCAGCUGGAGAUUCAGGGACUACUUAAUCCUGGGGAAGAAAUUGACCUGUUUGCACUGCACAGAUGCUUUUUGCAUCACAUUCAGCAUCAUCUUCAGGCAUUCAAAGAAGCUUGGAAUCAGCAUGGACUGAGAACAGAAAACAACUGUUCACCCCUUCAACUCUGGUCGCUGUACAGAAAGGAGGGACAUGACUUUUCACAGGUUCCUGACGACUACGGCAUCGACUGGACAGGACCACAUAGUCACCUCCCAUCAACUGAGAUUACCAUUCCUGAGAUCCAGCUCCCCCGUUUAUUCAGUCAACAAGAACUUGCAAAAUUACCACACACCAAUGUUCCACUCAGCCAGGCUUUGCAGGUUUACAUUCAAACUGUUCAUGCACUCAAACAUUUGCUUCAUAGCGACUUUUGAAAUGAGAGUGCAAGAUGCAUCACUUUGUCAUUGCUCAUGUAGUUACUUUGGAAAAUAUAUACUCAUUGUCUGAUAUAAGUCAUCCUUCCUCUAAUAGUCCGAUUGCUAAUCUGUGGGAACUUAACUUUCAUUCAGCUACGUCACAGUAAUAAAGACACUGAAUAUGACCAUGUAGUGUGUCUCCUUUAUUAAUUUCUGAAUGACAGACAAACAGUACAAUAACUGCUGCUGUCACACACUGUGUUUACAUCUGUGUGCUCUUGUAACAGAUUCUCAAGCUUAAAUCCUUUUUUUACCACUGGAACAACUGUGGUAACCUAGCAAACGUUUUCAGACACAAACCUCUGUGCCAGCUCUGUACAUAAAUUUGUACACAUGUAACAACACAGAUUUAUUAGAAUGCAUGCACUAUGAUUAUGCCUUAAUUUUCCACUACAUGUCUGUAUUGCAUCUGUAUGAAGCAAAUAUUGACAAAAAUGCAAUAGAAAUACAGAGGGGUCCAAAAGUCUAAUAGCCCAUUGAGCGUGUUUAAUUCUCAAUUUAACUCGAAAUGUAAGGAAAAUAAUCACCUAAAAAACAGAAGAUGUUAUGUAAAAUUGAGAAAUAUCUAUUCUUUGUUAAUGUAGUAGACUAGUUAUUAAACCAAGGCUUAAAUGACAACAUCAGGAUUGUGUAAUAUGAUUUCAGGACCCAAAUAAAUGGAAAAAUGACUUCAUGUCACUUCACAUUACUGAAACCUUCAUGUAGGUGUAUCUGUAUUUUUCCCUGUCUGUAUAAUUAACUGGAACUCACACAUAGUGCAGCAAAAGAAAAACAAACACAACUCCAUUGCAGUUUAUAUCAAUCCUAAACCAGACCAAAACCUGAGUCAGAUGAUUUGAGACAUGCCUGCA